AUGGCUUCAAACACAUUGGUAAUGUACAAAUAUGUGAAACCAAUGAAACAAUGGCAUAUAAAAAACCAAAAUCCGACAAAGCAGAGAACCAAAAACUUGGCAAAAUUCAAAAUGAAAAGACACUCAUUGAAUUUCAUAGCGACAGUGAUCAUCCUAGCUUCGUUGCCUUAUAGUUCAACUUUGAGUUUACCAAAUGGAGACCCAGCGCCUGGUAGAUCUCCUGGCCCACCUAACAUUGAAUCUGUUGAAGUAAACGAUGUCACUGAUGAGAUCGGAUUGAAAGUUGAUAACGAUAAGCCGACAAUUACAGUACCAGAAGUUUAUGACGAAGUGACAACAAAUGACGAUGUGUUAGAAGUAACGACAGUUAGUGAGGCAAGUGUGAGUGAGAGAACAGUGGUUGAUGCUUGUGCCUUCGCGAGGAUUCCGAGUGACAGUCGUGAAAUUGUUACGAUCAGUGAUCAAGAUAGUGAUGUUAAUUUGACCGUUUCCCAUCCUGUAUUUGAGGCGGAUGCGCUGGUGAGAGGAGUCGUCUACGAUGUACAUCUACAAUUCGAAGACGAGACGCUGCAAGACUACGUCCUCUACUCUAUCGUGGGGUCGUUCAUCAGAGGGAACUUCACGCCGACGACGUUCGCGGAACGACCCUGCCGGGACGAGCUGACCCUCCCCUACUUCAUCCCCAAGCACCCUCGUGGAGACCAGUCCAAACAUAAAAAGUGGCUCGCAGAUAGUUACAAACCUUAUGAUUUCAGGACAGGAAUAGUUAGUGAUGUGAGUGAAUACGACGGUUAUUACUUCCGGCCGCGGUUCCGUCGUAGGAACGAGAGGUCUGUGGGGUUUCGAAGGUCGCGAUACAGGAAGAGGUUCUUGCCGGCGAUGGUUGUGAGUGGACCCCUCGAGGGGAGGGACGGCGUCGUCCUCCACUGGUCUCUGACUGAUGCGGUGCAUUUAGAAAACGAAGAUACUAGUGUUGUUUUUAGGUUACGUUAUAGGAAAACAACGAGUGCCACCAUAUACCAAGUGUUCUUUACUAAAAUUUUAAGACUAGAUUGUGCAAUACGAUUACGAGCGACGCGAAGCGGCCGCGUCCACUCCGGCCACCUGCCGCACACCCACGGGUGCCGCCUUCUCAUUUCACAACCUUCGCCAAAAAACGCCUUACUCAUCGAACUUCACAAACUCAAUGUCCCAUGUUCAGCGGGGUUUAUCCGCUUCGCACCCAACACGCCCACUCUGUGUGGUAAGCUGGAACAGAUUCCAGUCCAAAACAGAAGGUUUCUGUACUCCAGUUACGCGAAGACUCCAGCGAUAGAGCUGCACGGUCGACCCACGUUCGCCGCGACAUACCGUCUAGUAGACCACUGCCAUGAUGUCUUACUAACGGCGAGGAACGGCUCGUUCGAAGUCGGCCCAGCAAUUAAAUUGUUGUGCUCUUACAAAAUUCACCUGCCUUAUGGUUACCGGGUCGCACUGCGCCUUCAAAUGGGAACUGGACCAAUGACGAUUAGGGAAAACGAUGUAUCUAAUAUUAUACAUGAGGAUGCGCAUGCUCUUUGUAAAGGCAUGGAAUUAAGUCUAGAAGAUGGGGAGUCAAAAUGGCGACACUGUUCGCAACCAGGCGAUCCCUUAAGAAGUGUUCAAAUUGUUUCCGAGGGGAACGCUGUUCGGUUGAACAUUAGUAUUUUAGAGAAGAGGAAUUCUUCGGCUAUGUGGUUGAAAGUGUGGUGGAUGGAUAAGGAAGUGGAAGAGAUUGUUGGACAUUGUGACUAUGGUUGGGUCGUUUCUGGAGACUUCUGCAUAUCAGCCGUGAGAGAAGCGAAGAGAGCUUGGAGACAGGCGGAAGCUGAAUGUGUGAGAUUAGGGGGACAUCUAGCAAGUAUAGUGAAUGAAAGGCAACAGCAGAUAUUGGAUCAGCUACUGCUUCACGCCCCUGGAGCCGGAGUCGACGAUGUGUACUGGAUAGGAGCAACUGAUGCCGUCCACGAAGGGGAGUUUCGAUGGUCAGAUGGACUGCCAUUUUCCUAUGCACAUUGGUUUCCUGGAUGGCGGAAACACAGUAGCCAGCCUAACGACGACGGUACCUCAGGUCAAGACUGCGUGGAGGCUCGCCGAGAAUUUCCCCCCAGGCCUGCCCCCGCUGAACCAACCUUCAUGUGGAAUGAUAGAGGUUGCAGGGAGCACAAUUACUUCGUUUGUGAACGGCCAGGAGUUGAAGAUCCUUACAUCGCGUCGAAAAUACAGUGUAAUGAGACGAUAUUGUUGUCUCACUCGCACCCGCACGCUAUUAUCUCGAGCCCCGGCUUCCCGCGGCCGUACCCUGAUGAUGUGGACUGCGUGACCGAGCUGAGAGCGCCUACAGCACACACCCUUCGACUGCACUUUGAAGAGUUGCUGACAGAACAUGAGGCGCAUUGCAGCUACGACUUCCUCGAGAUCAUCGAAGCUCGGGCUGAUAACACCACGGAGCCACCUCCUGACGAGUGGCUCGUAGAAGACCAUCAUGAGAGCUAUGCAUCAGAGAAUGAAGUUUGGGAAGAAACUGAGACGUUACUACCCGAGUCUGAUGCCAUCAGCGCUGGAUGGGCGCGUGAGUCUCACUCGAGUCAUGCCCGGCGACUCUGCGGAGACUGGGGAGGAAAACUCAAGCUGCUCAGAUACCAGUCGAGGGGUAACGUGUUGAGGCUGCGGUUCAGAGCUGACCACUCGAGGCACUACGCGGGGUAUAGGGCGAAAAUCAACUUAGCUGACUCGCAAUCCUGUUUGGACGUGAAACAAGUUUUAUACAACGGAUACUGCUAUCUUUUUUCCGGAUACCCGAAGGCUUCCUGGACCACCGCCAAGCAGGUAUGCGAAGGUCUCAACAUGCACCUGUCUUCCGUCCAUUCAGCUGAUGAAGAGCGCUACAUCGUGUCAGGCAUCCGGCAAAGCAGCGAUUACAGCGCUGGAUCUGUCUACUGGCUCGGUGCUCAUGUAAAGGGAGGGGAGAACUUCAGCUGGGUUGAUGGAAGCGCUGUAUUGUACCAGGGCUGGGCAUCUUAUAAUGAUACCGAUGAUAUUGAGGACUCUUGUUUGGGUGUACAGUGGAAAUCAUCUCCAGUGCCGUCUCAGCCAAGCGGCUUGUACUGGACCCUGCACAAGUGUACAUCAACAGGUGGUUACGUGUGCAAACGCCGAUUAAACCCUGAAAAUAUCGUGAAGAACAGGACCGUGGAAGCGACGUCAGGUGUAUUGAGCAGUCCGAACCACCCAAACUUGUAUGACAACGAUCUGGACUAUUGGGUACACGUGGUGGGUCCGGAUGACACUCGUCUCGUAUUCAUUUUCCGGACCAUAGAGUUGGAGUAUCAAAAAGACUGUCUAUACGACUACAUAGAGCUACGCGACGUAAGGAACACCAAAUCAUCGAGGUACUGUGGGUCUAUGGGCGAGACGAGAUGGGUGGCCAGCACCAAUAAAGCUAUCUUACAUUUCCACUCCGAUUAUAAUACUCAAGGCACUGGAUUCUCUUUGACGUGGUACGCAAUAGAACUGCCUGGAUGUCCUACACAGACCUUCACUUCUAAAGAGGGAGUACUACACAGCCCGAACUAUCCUCACUUCCUGCUGCCUGACUUGGAUUGUACUAUCGACAUCCUUGCCCCUACUGGGAAACGCGUCUUUCUCAACAUAAGCCAUUUCGACUUCGGCUAUGGAACUUUUGAAAAAGGCGUUCCCAUAAAUGUGACGGACGCAAUACCAGAAGAGUCCUUUCUAGAAGUCCAAGUGAAUCCACAGACAGUGCCCAUCCGUCCAUUUGUAAGCUCAGGAAUUUUGACCAAUGGACUAUUUGUAUCUCAGGCUGAAAUACUCCGAAUCAGAUUAAGAACAGGAGAGAAUGUGACGGGAGCUGGAUUUCUUGCGCAUUUCAAAAGCGUGAGGUACCUGAACGUGAGCCACGUGGUGUCUGUGGGCGCUGGUGCGGCGGGCCGCGUGGCGGCGCCCAACUGGCCGGCGGCGGGUCCCCCCCGCGCUCGCCUCGCCGCCCGCCUGCUGGCGCCGCACGGACACGCGCUCGCGCUAGCUUUGGCACGCGCCGUCCCCGCGUCUCCCGCAGCUCCCCCUGAGGCGCCUUGCGGCGACAACAACGGCUGGAUCGAGGUGAAAGACAGUUAUACAGACAAUAAUGGCACCGAAUGGAUCCUCUGCGAAGUAGAGCGAAGCAAGCGCAAGAUGGAACCGAGCGCGCCCCUCGUCAUUAACUCGUAUCUGCACUCGCUGAUUGUAACCCAAUACUCAGGAGAACAAGGACUGAAUGUCGAUAUUUCACUGGUGGUCAACAAAGAUCCUGAAUAUCACAACAAAUUGCUAUUGCUCGCUGACGAAACGAGCGUGGAGGCCUGUUACCCGAAUCCCUGUGUUAAUGGUAUAUGCGCAUCUGAUGAUACGAGAAAUUUCUGCGAGUGCACCGGAUACUACACCGGCGCGUUCUGCACGCUGACGGCGUGCGAGCGGUCGCCGUGCGCGUUCGGCAACUGCUCGGUGGUGGCGGGCGCGGAGCGGUUCGUGUGCGCGUGCGCGCGCGGCUGGCGCGGCCGGCGCUGCGCCGAGCGCGUGCGGCCCUGCGCCGCGCGGCCCUGCAACAACCGCGGCGCCUGCAGCGAGCGCGACGGCGGCUUCCUCUGCCAGUGCAACCCCUCCUGGAAGGGCAAGAGAUGCGAAACCCCAAAUCCAACUCCAAACAUCGUAGGGCUUGGAACACGAAUGCUUCAAGAACCUUUCUGGUUAGGGCUGAUCACAGUCUUUGUUGUACUCGGCAUGAUCGGCCUCAUCUGGUGUGCCAAGCGACACUUUCCAGAAAAGAUCGAGAAACUUCUAGCGGAAGAAGCCGAUCGCUGCGCAAGACCGGCGGCGCUGCGCGGCGGCGGCGAGGCGGCGCCGCACCGCACGCUGCUCACGCGGCUGGGUAUCCGCAAGCCGUCGGUGUCGGGGCUCGCGGCGCACCCGCGAGCCGCGCGCACCUUUAGCUUGGACGAUCUGUUAAAGCCGCCGCCCGGACGAACACCUUCACCACGGAAAAAACGCAACAAUUCCACACCAACAAAAAAGAAUGCCGCCGAAAAAAAACAAAUAUUGCAACAACUCAUAAGUCCUGCUACCGCGAACGACCAUUCGAAAAAGAUCACAAUGGGGGAACUUAUACAGAUGUCCGAGAAAAGAACACUGAGUACAGUGGAAAGCGCUCCAGCUUUUGUGGAUUAUGGUGACAACAAAGAGACAUCUUUCGCUAGUGAAGCAUCUACGCCUUCCACUUCACCUUCAAUGAGACACAUAUCAGAUCCUAAAUUAGAAAAGAAGGUCACUUUUGCUAGACUUCUCAACAAAGUUUCAGCAGAAAUGAGUUCUAGUUCUGAUGUAGACAUGGUCAAUACUAUAGCAAUACCAAUGGCCGUAAUUGCCGAUAGGAGUUUAAAAGUAAAGGCGUCCAGCACUCCCCCGUCUCCAGGGGUUGAAGUCCGAUCGCCUCACAGUACUUCUAGUAACCAAGGAAGUGAUUCAAUGUCCAGUCUUGACCUAACGUUGGCACAUACCGCUUUAAGAAAAUAUUCCAGACAACCAAAAAUAUCAAGUGCUGAUUCGAUUUUAGCUAUGUUCCGUAACUUCUCAUCGUCAUCAGCAGCCAUAGUAUCUCGAGCAUCAUCUGGUGGAGUAUCAGCUUCUAGCACUCCAUCGGCCUCGUCGCCUCAAGAUGACACCGCAGACGCGGAUGAUAUUUCUUUAGCUUCCUCUCAUAUACCAUCUCUCGCACCAGAUUCACCGGUUACAAGGCCUCAUAAUACUAUUGAAAUACAGGUUCUAGAUCCACUUAGUGCUCAUAAGUCAUCUUCUUCUGGUAGUAAUCUUCUUCACCCACCGUCUAUUCUACUGGAAGUUCCGAGUGGUAUCAAUAAAUGUCUAUCACCUAUUCGAGAGUUACCUACUCCAUUGCCAACUCCUCUCCCUACUCCGAUGCCCACGCCACUCCCUUCUCCACGUAUGCCACGAGCAAACAUGGAACAAGAUACAAAAAGUGAAUCGACUACUACGUGUGUAUCACCAAGUGAAGAUGAACUAGAUGAGAUUAGAUAUGAGUCGAAACCUGAAAGAUCUAUUAGUGGAUUGAGAUUAAGGUUACGUCAGCCGGCUACGAGUACAGACACCCCAACACCAUCAACUCUAGUAACAGAUUCGCCAAGUCCCAGUUUUACUCAAAGUCAAGACUCGGAACGGGAAAUGUCAUCUCCAUCUCCUGCACCUCCUGCUUUAAGAGUUCCAGUUCUCACCAUAGAACGCGCUUCCCCCGGAUCUCCUCCACCUAGACGAACGCCUCCUCAUAUAGAAUUCCAACCUCCACCAUUAAUAACAGUUACAUAUAAUGCAAGCGAAGAAUCUGAUGAGCCAAUGUCACCUAGACCUCCACAACCAAGUGGAAAUAUGUGUUAUUUAAGUCCUUUCUCAAUGUCCGCACGAGGAGAAAGGGCUCCUUCAGAAUCCAACUUAUCCUCCUCUGGCUAUAGUUCCAUGGCCAGUCCAGGUCCAUCAAGAUGUGGCUCUAGUAAUCCUCUGUGCCCUUCUGAAAUGGAAGACCCAGGGUCUGGAGGAGGCCCUUCUUGUUUUCAGUCGAGACGACGACCAUUAAUGAAAACUAAUUCAGGUCCUGCAGCAUCUAAUGAUGAUGCAAAAGACAGGAGACGGGGUCGGUCUGAUUCGGAAACUCUUUCAGAUGAUCCUUUAUUAGAAUCCAACGAUGAAGGUAUAGGGACCGAUGAAAGGGUAGACGAUGUUCCAUCAAGUGCCAAAGAAUUGGAAACAAUGGUUGUAUUAAAAGAAACAUUAGAAUUGCCUCAAACAACAUUGUGCUCGCCUAGUGGAGUGACUAAAUGUUCCAUAGUAAAAUGUAUCAGUGUCGAGAGAGGAUUGGAUGAAAAAGCUUGCCUGCGACCUCCCACAUUGCUUUCGGAUUGCAGUCGACCUUUAAGUCCGGUGAGUUCGAGAAGUGAAAGUCCUCUCAGUGACAAAACUGGACUGGGGAGAUUUUCACCACAAUUUUAUGGUCGACAGCUCCCUUUUACGGAUUCCGAUGGCCUAUACGACUUCCCUAGCUCAGAGUGUGUCCGAGGAAAUGCCUGCAAAUCGUCGAAUAAUGCUCAGAAGAAGGUUGGAAGGAAGAGAGACAGAAGAACGACGCGCACUGCAUCCCAUGAAGUAACGGGUACAACCAAAUCGUCACUACCACAUAUGCCACAUUCUAUGCACAAUUUAUUAGAGGUGCCAGGAUGUCGUGAUGCGAGUGCACGAGGGCGCAAAGGUGGGCGAAGGCGAUCUCGCUCACAGGCUCCAGCGCCCGCCUCGUCCUCCUCAUCUGAAGACUCGGUGUCCAACGCCUCCGUUGCUUCAGUGGCAUCAGCAAGGGAACUCCGCCUACCCGACUUAGAUAUGCAGCAUUGUGAGCCGACUCGUUUGCGGAAACCACUCAGAAGACAAAAAUGCCGUAGCUCAGAGGACACGUCGUCGAAAAUCUCGUCGAGUUUGGACCUCACCGAAGACUCCAGGAAACCGGUUAAGAUAAAUAAAUUAAGGACUAUAAGUAAUCAGAUAAGGUUCCUGCGACGCCUAGAACGAAGUUUGAAAAUGAAGGAGAGCUACCCAGCGUUGUCUGAUGAUGAAGGUGAUGAAUCUUCGAGUGUCACCUCACCACUACUCCAGGGAAGGAAAGACCUAAAAAACCGAGUGCCGACCCACGCAAUAUCCGCCCCUCUACUAGGUGCUGUAAGGCCGAAAAUCACUAGACAGAGACGUUACGACAGAUCACUUCUAAGUGAAGACACGAGAACUUUGAACACAUUAGUUGGACAUGAUAAUUCUGAUUGAAAAUAAUUUUUUAUUAAGUGAAAAAUGAAUUAAAUCUAAAGUUAUAUCUACAUUGAAAUCGUUACUAGCGAUUAUGAUCGAAUUUGU